AUGUCUCGAAAUGCCACAGCCUCCCCCUCGCCCUCGGCGCCGCGUCGCGGUCCGACGCAGUGGACAUCGCACCUCCGACAGAUCAGCCGAACGAGUCUCGACAGAGCCUCGCUGGACUCGCCGCGGUCGCCGGACACUGCCAGCAGUGUGUCGACGGUUCGCGACACUCGCUCGGCCAAGCGGGUGCCCGAACGAACAUGCACCGUGUCUAUCAAUGAGUCGCUCAUCGGGGACGAGGUGCUGCUGAACGUCGAGCUCCUCGGCGGCGGCAUCAAGCCCGGCAGCCUCAUGUCCAUCACUCCCAUGCGCCCAGAGCCGGACAGAUCGUCGAGCAUCAACUAUGGCUCUCUGCGACCAGCCAACUUCCACCGCGCCUUCUCGAACCCCGAGGAUCCCCACCGCCAGGAUGGCGACGCCGGGAGGAAGUACAUCUUCGUGGUCAAGGACAUGUCCAAGGAGCUCCGGGCUAGGCAACCGAACGUCGAAGUCUAUGUCGCGAAGCAUGUUGCAGACGCAUUCGGUAUGAAGAAGGGCACCCGUGUCGCGCUGGCCCCCGUGGACGACGUUGCCCCUGCCGUCGAAGCAUCCCACGUCGAGCUGUCCUUCCGGGACAUGUACCUGUCCCGCGCCGACAUGUGGAGGCUGGCCGUUGCCGAUCUUACAGAAAAGACCGUAUACAAGGGCCAAGUGGUGUAUUUCAUGGGCACCAUCAAGGCGACUGUGAGCAACGUCUUUGUAGACGGCCGCAAGGUCCAAUCGGCCUUUUUCAACCACAACACUCGGCCCAUCUUCAGGAGCGAGUCUGCCCGGUAUGUCCUAUUCAUCCAGAUGGCACGUGAGAUGUGGGACUUUGACUCGGACGACUCCGGCGAGAUCAUGUUCUACAAGGUCGUCAAUGGCUUCCUGCCUGCGCUCUUUAAGAAGUGGGCCAUGCUGCAAGUCAAGCACCUCGUUAGCAUCGUGCUCUUCGCCAGGGUUGAGUACGAUACCGGUCUGAACACAGACCUCGCGAACAGCGAGGUUCUGAACGACUACUACACCGGAUACCAGACCUCUGGAGACAAGCGACCCUAUAAGGACUUCUACCGCGUCGUCGUGAGCGAGAUGUCGAGCGGCGAAUGGACCACCAUCCUACACCAGCUUAAGCAGGAGUUCAACACCUUCCGUAAGGACAUCAGCCUACAUCAUCAAGAUGCCAUGAGCGCCGCUAUGGACCUACCCGACGAUGCUGCCGAUACUGCCAAUUCUGCCACGGGUAUCAAGGCUGAAUCUUCGCGUGCCAUGUAUGGCAACUUCCUCGAGGCUAUCAACCUGGCAUCCUCCCAGUACGCUCACGACUAUAUCGACAGAGAUUUGUUGCGAACCGGAAUCUCAAUCGUCGUCAUCAGUCCCGGCUCCGGCGUGUUUGAGGUUGAAUACGAAAACCUCCGGCGGACAACUGAAGCCCUGGUCGGCAAUGGCAUCGGCAUCGACUUGAUCUGCAUUCCCAAAAUACCGCUGCAUUCUGUACCCUUGUUCCGUUAUCGAAAUCCUCUCUUCCUAGAGGCGCAUCAACGCUCUCACCCGCGCUCGGUCCGCAGCCGCGAUAGCACUCCCAAACAGCCUACCCCGUUGGUCGGCAGCUAUACAACGAUUACAGAGUCUCUAUCCCCUACCAAGGGCAGUGAUGGAACCAACCGACUUGAUUCUCUUACAAGACUUUAUACUGACGAGUGGGCCUUUGCCUUGCCACAGUGGCUACAUGUGUCAUAUUGGACUGGCAAGUCGGAAGAGGCCCUCUCAUACCAUGGCAUCUCGUUGUCGGCCACAGACCACAGCAGUCAGGGAUCCCCGGGAGACUUCACUAUCAGAUGCAGACUCUAUGACCUGCAGAUGCGGAGCUUGCUCGAGACCAACGAGAUCGAAACAACACCAUUGCAUGCUGAUCCCAAAUAUCCUCACAAAGUUCUGGCCUCGACCAUCUCUAACAAACCGAGCCAGAAGCAAGACCAGACCGCCGGCGCACCGAAACCCAAGGGAUCUGACACGUUGUUCGAUCCUGUAUACGGGUUCCAAAAGUUCAAUCCUGAUAGGUUGACCAAGCCAGGUGAGACAUCCAUUUGGAAACAGCUGCAGGCUUUUGAUGAUUAUCGCUCCCGGCUACCCAAGUCCCGGAUGGCGUUACUGAGCUCAAAGUCGACCCGGGAAUUGGAUGAGGUUACGAGGAAGCAACUUAUGGAAGAUACGGGAUUGUUUGGAUCCUCAGUUGGUGACCACAAAGCCAGUACUCCAUCUGUUAACCUGUCGUCGAGCCUCGUCUCAACGGCAAUGUCUGAUGCUUCGGGUCCAACCCGUCGAAAUUCGACGGCUGCAAAUUCUCAUCACAAACUAUUUCCGCCCGCAAAAAUGCCAAAGCUGAUGAGGCAAAUCAGCCUGGGCCAGAAAGGCUUCGGCAUUGCAGCGCCAAAGGCUGCCACCGCCGAGCUGCGUACUGAGAAUGUAAAUGCUACGUCCGCAGGCCAACAGACGCCAACCUCCUCAAGAAUGGCUCAACAAACACCCCACAAGCUGAAUUUGGAGCCUAGCUCGCCACGAAUCGUCGCCAGCGGCCGCUCAUUCCGGUCCUUCGACCAGGCCAAGUCCAAUCUGUCGGAUCAGCUCCAGGAUCUCGUUCAAAGCACACCAAGCAAGCCCAUCUAUAUCAACAAGGCUGUUUCGUCCGCGAGCCUGGACCCAACAACACAACUGAAGUCUGGCUCAAUCGUUGCCUCUAGUUCCGCAAUGGCGACACCAAAACCCCGGCCUGUUUUGCUAGAUGAAGACCAAGAUCAAAGAUACUCUACAAUGUUACGCGCCGAGGACGCCACGAAGCUCUACAAUUCGAAACUACUUGCUGGUGGUGUUCCAGAACUGCCAUCGACACUCUCACCUACGACAGCAAUGGCCCCCUGGCUCGUCGUGCUGAACCCAUCCAAUCCAAACGUCAACAAGGUUGACGAUGCUCUCCUAUUCAGCAGAUGGCAACAUGUCUUCCCUAGACCAUCAGACAUGAAGCUCAUGAAAUGGAAAUCGUUGUCAUGCCCAGCCGCCGUGCCUCUCACCACCGAGCAUUUCCCCACCAAAACGCAGUUCGAUGCUGAAUACCAGAGGCAGCCCUACAAUAUCGCUCAAAACUUUGACGACGAGCUCUCGGAGGAGCCCAAAAGCCGAGAGGACUUCCUGAGGGAGCUGAUCAGCGCUCGCUUUGCUCAUGGCUUCCAAGUCGUAAUUGGCCCAAAUGUGGCACGGGCGUUUGGGCAGAAACUCAUGAAGAUAGCUGACGUCUUCUCACGCAACCGGAUCGUCGAGGACGGCACCAGUCUCUUCAUGAGCAUUGGAAAUACUAUCCACCAGCUCUCGUGUGUGAAUGGCGCCGAAGUAGAGGUCAAUAUUUUCAUUCGCAAGCCUACCGAGUCAUUCUUGCCAGCGGACCAGCCGCCACCUAUUUACAAACCCGCCAUUCGCACAACGCUGGACCCAGCUUACGAGCCCCGAGAGAUCGAUAUUGUAACGCCCAAGCCCGAGAAGAACUGGAAUUCCAUCGACUCCUAUCUUGCUGGACAUUUUGAGGAACUGACCGAGAAUCUGCGGUUCUGGCGCACGCGUUUUGUGCUUAUCCCUAUGAGUUCUCGAGCCUCUAUGUCGAAGACCCAUCUUGGCGACAAUGAGGAAGAGAUCCGCCUUGAAGGCAUCAAUCGCCUAGCCCAAGCAUGGCAGCGCAAUCGAUAUAUGCCGCCAUCUGAGCGCCAAUUCCAGAGCUCCGGGCACAAGCUACGGGAUCCGAAUCCCCUCGACAUAGUCUACAAAACAGAGGAUCCUUCUGUUGUCGUUGCAGCAGAGAUGGAAACCUUGCCCUUCUUCGAGAACCUGGAAUCCCAUUCCCGGAAGGGUCAGCUGGUCUCUGACAGGGAACGAUUUUCCAAGUCGAACUUUAACCUCUCGACACUGGCCGAGGCGAUCCAGCAGCCACUCGAAAGUGGCGGGGUCCGAAUGCAGAAUCGGAGGUGGCAUCUACGGCUACACUAUAACUGUUUCAUCGGAUCCGACAUGACCACAUGGCUCCUGGAUAAUUUUGAGGACCUAGAAAGUCGCGAGGAGGCUGUUGAGCUCGGCGAGUCAUUAAUGGUUUACGAUGACGACAAGGCCAAAGAGAGGGACAAUGGCAAAGAUGUGAAGAAGGCUGGUCGUGACCGGGGCAUAUUUGUGCAUGUCGAGCGACGGCAUAAGUAUCGUGAUGGACAAUAUUUCUAUCAGAUCGCCAGCGAAUAUGCGAAACAGCAACCUCCUGGAUGGCUAAACGUGAGGCGGCGAGACACGUCUAUUCCAUCUACCCCGCUAGUUGAGCAAGGCCCCAAGGAUUCCCCACGUAUAGGACUCGGUGCGAUGUCUCGGCCAACCUCCAUCCACGAAGACGCGUCCCCCAUAUCCGGUGCCACCACACCAAGCGUGGCUCUAUUUGGCGGAAAGACACCCAAAGUCUUCCUAAGUAAAGUUAUGAAAUAUGACGUCGAUCACCGGAAGAGAUCGUACCGACCUGAGCGAAUCAACUUGCACUACGACCGACUCCACAACCCGGAUAACUGCUAUCACAUACGCAUUGAUUGGAUGAGUGUUACUGCGAAGCUGAUCGAGGACGCGGUCAAGGGAUGGGCAGCUAUUGCUUUGCAGCAUGGGCUUCGUCUGGUUGAGGUUCCUAUCGCCGAGGCCUGCUCGAUCACAGAACAGAGCCCGUUCAGGAGACCAUUUCUCAUCAAACUCGCGGUGCCACCUCCCAGCCAACCACCUGCUACGUAUUAUGACCCGAACUCUUUCACGCCACAAUCGCAACCUGGACGGCACUACUACCAAAAGGCUCUAUUGCGGAAAUUUGACUUUGUUCUCGAUGUCGAGGCCGCUUCCAACUUCCCCAGCAACGUUGAUGUGAGCUACUCGUGGGGCAAGCCCGAUUUCAAGUACACGCAGUAUAUACACCGCUCGGGGAUGCUCUUGGUCGAAAUUACCGACGAUGGCGACUUCAUCGCCCUUGCCAACAGGCUCUAUAGUAACCGUGCUGUUGCCGUUCAACAGGGACCUCCGCGUACGGAAAGUCUCACCAACGAUCGCGUAUCACGUCUCAUAGGAUCGGGUGCUUACACCAGCUAUGGCAUGUCCGAGCCCACGCCAAUAUCGAGUCCCAUGUUCCGGCCCGUCCUAUUUUCCUCACAUUCUGCAAUGUCUCGAGACCAGCAGCAGGUGCCAGGUCAUAUGUCACCCAGGCUUGGAGCUUCAAGAUCAAAUCUAGCCGCUCCUGGGUUGGGUACCGGCGAGGCUGAAUCCCUCAAGGACACGCUAGAGGCUUUCUGUGCAAAUGAGACAGCGCUGGAAGCCUUCUACAAGGACACGCUGGAGAGGGGAAUGGCGGCAUCUACGCCAGCCGUCAGCGCCUCGGGAGACCAUGAUACAGUUUCUGAAUCGGGCAUCCCGGUACUUGGGCUGCCUCCCGGCAUCCUGACGGGCGCCAACGGCGAGGUGGCAGCCAGUCCACGUAUCGGAACACCUACGCUGGCCAGCUCGCUGAUGUUACGGCGGGGCAGUGUACAGCAUCUAUGA